AUGUCUUCGCCUUCAAUAGGGCAGGUAGUGGAACUAGUCGAACUAUUAUACUCACCGGGGAAUACUCCAGAAACAAUAGGCAGGGCACAAAAGACACUCCAGAACAUACAACGAUGUCCUGAUGGGUGGAAGAUUGCAGGAGAGCUCCUUAAACAACCAUCUCUUAAUUGCAAGUUUUUUGGUGCCUUAACAUACACUGUAAAUCUCAAUUUGAUCCUUCCAAAAAUUUUACAAGAUGAUCAGAGAACCGGAACCAAAGUACAAGAACUGACUAAAAAUCUCAUGCAGCAGCUAUGGGAACUUUUUGAGGAUGAGAAUGUGACAAACCAUGGAGCUUUUGUGAUCAAGAAGAUGCUUUCUAAUCUGGCGCUUAUUUAUACUGUGAGUUUUCGAGAAUGGACAAAUCCGUUGGAUGAUUUUAUGUUAAGCGCCAUAUCGGGUCGGCCAAUCGUGAGAUUCGGCAAUUUAAAUAGCGGCGAUUGCAACAAUGACACGCUGGUACAGUUUAUACAGAAUAGCUCACCAACUUUGAUAGGUACAUUAUUCACUUUUUCGCAGAUAAUAGUCGAGGAACUCACAAAAAGAGAUGUUUCGCACGCGGACCGAUCAGAACUUCACACCAGAGUGCAUGAGAGGCUUUUUGCGACUACGGAGAAUGCGAUCAGAAGCAUACUUGCUGAAAAUAACUCAAGUAAUGACCAAAUAUGGGGCAUUUGGCUCCCAUGUUUCAAUUCGUGGGUUUCUUACGCAUCAAAGGCAGAAUUUGACUCGACUGCAAGAUACAAAAUGAAGCCAUUACUACGGAUUGCGGUCGAGCGGAUGUCAAAUGAACCGAUUCCAUGGAAAACAGAGGUCCCAGAAAGAAUUAUGGAUAGUUUAGUGGAAGCUUUAGAUAUCAACAGCACAUUUUUUGUGGCAGACAUCAAGAACGAGAUGAAAGCGCUUAUUUUUGGCACAUGGGGCAGACAUUUGUUGGGUCUGAUGCCCGAGGUUUCGGACCAAUUUGCGAGGCUGACAAUUCUAUUGCUAGAGUGUGAUAUGACACAGCUCGCAAUGCAGAUCGCAAAUGAUGAUAGCAGUGGUAUCUUUGAGUUUUUGCUCAAAUUAACUGAUUUUCCAGGUUUGCCAGUUGCCGAAGAAACAAUAUCAUCGGAUUUUAUUGAGUUCUGGAUGCAAAUGGUGGACACGUUAACUGAGGACACGGAGAGGUUUAAAGCUUUACUUAAUGAGGAUGCGGCUAAGCUUUCUGUAUUCAAUGAGAAGAGUAGGACUCUAUUGAACGGUGUUGGGCAAAUAUACUGGCGGAAAAUACACAUUCCGGUGGACGAGAACGAGAUCAAGGGGUAUGAGGAGGAAUUCAGGGUGUUUAGGAGAGAUGUUGGCGAUCUUUUUGAGGCAGUAUACCCAAUAGUGCGGAGCGGGUUAUACCACAACUUGAGCAGCAACGUUUUGUAUGCGGUGGAUGAGUUUAGAAGCUCUCAGGUGCAGCAGGGAAAUGAAAAUGCGGUGCUUAACGAUAUAGAGGCGUCUCUAUACUUGAUCAAUGCGAUAAGCGAGGAUUUCAGCGAGGAGAAUGCCCCCAAAGAUGUUACAGAAGACGUUUACCGGUUGUUUGACUCGGGGAUGUUGCAGUUGGUGACCAGUUACAGGGUCCGCGGCAGUUUCCAGUACUUUAUAUACACGACAAUUCGGUUUGUGGCCUCUGUAAGCUGGUUUUAUGGCACAGAGCAGGGCCUAACAUGCUUGCCGGCGAUAUUGAACUUCUUGUUUGACAACAUGAUGAAUUCGCCGACUUACGAACUCAUCAGUUCGCGGGCCAUUGCUGAAAUAUGCGAUAGCUGCAGACUUUCUCUCCAAGAGACACUACCAAACUUCAAAAGUAUCGUGACUGAGAUGAUCGAAAACGUGGCAGUGGAUUCGAUUACACGUGAGCGGAUCAUAAACUCGUACAGCUCGAUUAUUCAAGGUGUAAGGGACCCGCAGAUUCAGGGUGAGUAUUUGCAUCGGCUGUUUGAAUUGCUCCUAAAGCACUCUUCGGAUAUGCUUGCAAGACUCGAUAGCUUGCCAAAGGAGCAGCAGGAUCAGGCAAAAGAGUACUUGAUCAGCAUGAUCAGCUGUGUGAGUGCUAUUGGACGUGGAAUGCAGCUUCCGGAUGCCCCGGAAGACGUUUAUACAGAUGCAAAAGAGUUGGAAAUGGUGUCUAAGUACUGGACGGAGGAUCCGUUGCGGAUUCACUCGCAAAUUUUGCAGAUUGUGAAGAAUUUUGCGAUGGUCAGCUCGCAGCUGUCGGAUAACUUGAAGGUUGCAGAGGAGAUCGAGGCGAUUUUCAAGAGUGGAUUGACAGAAAGCAUGCCAGGUCCGUUUGUGUUUCCACCUGAGGUGAUUACACAGUUUAUCAGUGUCAAAAUCUCCACAUUGAAGACUUUCGAUACGUUGCCGCUUUUGUACGAUCUCUACGGCAAGGUGGUGCGGGCGAACCACCGGAAUAUGAGCGCUGAGUACGUGGGCCAGACUCUUGAGCAGAUCUGGGGCGGGUUCCAGUCGAAAGUCGACUCGUCGGAUCCCGAUGUCGUCCAGGCUUUAAUCGGCAUGCUUGCUGCGAUCGUCGGUUCGAGCCCCGCCAUGCUCCUUUGCAACACGGAUCUCCUACAGGCUAUUUUGGCAUUUUGCGUCCAGGAGCUUCGUUCAAAGGAAAGAUUUGUGCUUCAAUCGCUUGAACUAUUUUGGACAAAGCUGAUUUACUUGAGGAGAGGAAACCGUCAUGACACAAUUGUGAUUCGCCGACUGUUUAACGAGACAGAUUUAGGAUUCAUGCUUAUGUACAACUUGCUUAAGUACUUACUGAGUACGCAGAGGUCGAAUAUUUCGUAUUUCACGGAGAUUAUAAAGAGCAUCGUGGCCAAAUAUCCGAUGCUGGCCAAGCAGUGGAUGAUGCAGUCGCUAGAAAAAAUAAAUACGGAGCGGAUUGAGUCUGGCCAGAAGGCAAUUUGUGAGUAUGAGUUGUUUGUGAAGAAGAUUAUGGUUACCCGGGGCACCCGGGCGGCAAACGGACUUAUCAAAGACUUCUGGCUUAAGACGAACGGGUUGAUAGAUUACGAGGGGCGGUAG